UCAAAAACAUCUCGAAAGCAAAGUUUUGCAAUCAUCAAAUAAAAAUAUUCGCCAAAAAUUCAACCCGACAGCAGAAACAAUGAUGACGACAAAAAUCUUCUCGCUGGCCAAGCACUCGAGCCGUGUUCUGCGUCCGGCAUCGUCGACCAUCGUGACCCGAAGCUAUUGCACCCCGAAGCCUGCUGCAAUUAAGCCGGAAGAGUACUAUUAUGUGAACAACAAGGAACUGAGCAUGGACAUGAACGACAUUACGGAUCGGGCCGCGCAAACGAUCUUUUGGACGGAACUUUUCCGUGGUGCCGCCGUCACACUGGGCCACAUUUUCAAGGAACCGGCCACCAUCAACUAUCCGUUCGAGAAGGGACCACUGAGCCCUCGGUUCCGCGGUGAGCACGCUUUGCGCCGGUACCCGAGCGGCGAGGAGCGCUGCAUUGCGUGCAAACUGUGCGAGGCCAUUUGCCCCGCGCAGGCUAUUACCAUCGAGGCGGAAGAGCGGGCGGAUGGCAGUCGGCGUACGACGCGAUACGAUAUCGAUAUGACCAAGUGCAUAUACUGUGGCUUCUGCCAGGAAGCCUGUCCGGUCGACGCCAUCGUCGAGGGUCCUAACUUUGAGUUUUCGACUGAAACCCACGAAGAGCUGCUGUACAACAAGGAGAAGCUGCUAAACAACGGCGACAAGUGGGAAUCGGAAAUUGCUUCAAACAUUAACGCAGACUUCCUGUACCGCUAAGCCGGCGCGAGGCAUCUCAGGGCCGUGGUAUUGGUGCAGUUAACUCGUUGAAAACGAUAAUGUAUAAAACAAAACAGCUAAAUAAAAAGGAAUAGUUAAAAUAACU